GUGAAAUUAGCCCUGGAAGAAUGGAGACAUUGGCUGGAGGGAGCGGAGCAUCCGGUGCUGGUCUGGACCGAUCACAAGAACUUGUCCUACCUUCAGUCUGCCCGGAGGCUCAACCCACGCCAGUCACGCUGGUCGCUAUUUUUCUCUCGAUUCAAUCUCUCCAUCUCAUAUCGCCCUGGUUCCCGUAACAUCAAGCCUGACGCACUUUCCCGCCUGUAUUCGUCUGAUGAUUCCGAGAAGGCCCCUGCCCCUAUUCUUCCUCCCAGUUGUACAGUCGCCACCGUUACCUGGGAGAUCGAAGACAUCAUUACUCAAGCUCAGUUGACGGAACCUGCACCCGACACCUGUCCUCCCAACAAGCUCUAUGUUCCUGUCUCUGUCCGAGCCCGUUUCCUCCACUGGAUCCAUGCCUCAAAAUUCUCUGCACAUCCCGGAAUAAGCCGUACCAUUGCACUCGUCCUCCGCAAGUUUUGGUGGCCUUCUGUCCAUAAGGAUGUCAGUGAGUAUGUCCAAGCCUGCACCACCUGUUCCAGAAAUAAGACCUCUCACCAACCUCCAUCUGGUCUCCUGCAACCUCUCCCCGUCCCCAAACGACCAUGGUCUCACAUAUCUAUAGAUUUUGUUACCGGCCUACCUCCUUCCAAGGGCAUGACCGCCGUCCUCUCCAUCGUCGACCGUUUCUCCAAGACCUGCCACUUCGUUCCUCUCCGUAAGUUGCCCACGGCUUUUCAAACCGCUCAACUUCUGAUCAAACACGUUUUCCGACUCCAUGGCAUCCCACAGGACAUCCUCUCUGACCGAGGUCCUCAGUUCGUCUCUCAGGUUUGGAAAAGUUUCUGUUCGGCUCUCAACGCAUCUGUCUCACUCUCUUCCGGCUUUCACCCCCAGACCAACGGUCAAACCGAACGGCUCAACCAGGACCUGGAAACCACUCUCCGCUGCUUCACCUCCACCAACCCCUCUGACUGGUCCCAAUUCCUCCCUUGGGUGGAGUACGCUCACAACAGCCACAUCUCGGCAGCUACCGGUAUGUCCCCGUUCGAGGCUUCCAUUGGUUAUCAACCCCCUCUUCUUUCCUCAGAGGAAAAGGAUAUCUCGGUCACCUCAGUCCGUCAUCACAUCCGCCGUUGUCGGAAGGUCUGGAACACUGUUAUCAGUAACCUCAACCACACUGCGGAUAGAAAUAAGCGCCUGGCUGACCGGAAGAGGAGACCAGCACCCAUAUACGUCCCUGGUCAACAGGUUUGGCUUUCUUCACGUGACGUUCCGCUCAAAUCCAUUUCCAGAAAGCUCUCUCCCCGAUACAUUGGUCCCUUCCCCAUUGAAACCGUACUCAGUCCGUCGGCUGUCCGUCUCCGUCUGCCCGCCUCCCUCCGCUCCCACCCCACCUUCCAUGUGUCCCAGAUCAAACCGGUCCAGACCAGCACGCUCUGCCCUCCAGCCGCACCCCCCCCACCCCCCCGUGACAUUGAUGGCCAUCCUGCAUACACCGUCCGUCGGAUCGUGGACUCCCGUCGGCGAGGUCGCGGCUGGCAGUACCUCGUCGAUUGGGAGGGCUACGGUCCGGAGGACAGGUCCUGGAUCUCUGGUUCUUCCAUCCUGGACCCUUCCCUUAUCUCCGACUAUCGUUCCUCGUUGCCUUCCAGUUCGUCUAGGCCGCCAGGUGGCGACCGUUGAGGGGGGGGUACUGUUAUGUUCCGGGGUUCUGGCUGCAUGGUGGGAGUUCCUGUGCACCCUUAUUACCUUUUACCACCAGAUGGCGACAGGUUCCGGCUGGAGUGCGGUGCAUUAUUAUCCGCAGCUGUUCGUGAUCAUCCUCAUCAGCGGCGCAGACUUAAGGAGUUGGCCGCCAGUCCAGCGUCGCCUGAGUGUUAGCCAGUCACGGUACCUCUGAGCCCCCCUGAGCCUGUCUCUGUGUUUCUAGUUGUCUUGAACAUUCUAGUAAUUAUCUUUAUCUACUCCGUUGCCUUUUAGGUGAUCCUUUGAUGAGAUCCCGGUUGAAUUCCUGGCUUUUGAACCAUCCUCGUGACGCCGUGGAAAGUAUCCACAGGUUGCCCGAGUUCCCAGACUUACCUCUCCGUUGUUUUGGCAAUUAUCUCCUGGACCCCACGGCUGGCGGCCGUACCACUCCUCCGUCUCCCCGCUGCUCUCGUGCCUACCUGUCCGCUGCCCACCGCACUCCUCCGUUGUUCCUGGACCCACCAAGAACCGAGACCCCGGACAUACUCGGUUUCCCCUCCAAGACUCUGUUCAUCAGCAACAAUGAACCAUUGUUGCCGUCCCUGUUUUUGCCCCUGGACCAGACCAUCCUGAUUCUCACUGAUAAUUGUGUGAUCUUUAUUAAAUCAUUUAACACUGA